AUGACUAUUAUUGUACAGGAUUUCGACAAGGUGUGGCCAAUCUUCGACUCGGCGCAAUCGAGGGAUUUUCGGAAGGUUGUGCAAGGGAUUAUUAGUGAGCUCGAAUCACAAGGGGCUCUUCCCAGAAGCAAUUCCAGGGUUUCCUCGCUCGCCACGUGUUGUGGACCCAGAUUUGUAGAACUCUGGUGGCAACUUUCUUUGCAUGCUUUGCGAGAGGUUCAUAGACGGACUUUUGCAGCUGAUGUAGCUUCUAAUCCACUGCCUGGAUCGCUGACCGAUGUAGCCUUUUCCCAUGCAGCCACAUUUCUUCCUGUAACAAAGGCAAGAAAAGCGGUCGAACGGAGAAGAUUUCUUAUGAAUGCAGAAACAGCAGUACAGCGACAAGCUAUGUGGUCAAAUUUGGCUCACGAAAUGACUGCAGAGUUUCGUGGUCUUUGUGCUGAAGAGACUUAUUUGCAGCAAGAGCUGGAAAAAAUGCAUGACUUGAGAAAUAAAGUGAAGUCAGAAGGGGAACUCUGGGAUGACCUUGUAUCUAGUUCAGGUCAGAAUUCCCAUUUAGUUUCAAAGGCUACUCGCUUGUGGGAGUCAAUAUUAGCUUGUAAAAGUGAACAUGAAGUUCUUGCCUUAGGUCCUAUUGAGGACUUGAUAGCUCACCGUGAACUCAGGUACCGCAUCUCUGGAUCAUCUUUGCUUGCAGCUAUGGAUCAGAGUUCUCAGGUUCCUCAUUCCGAUGUCUUAUCAGUCCAGCCUAGUGACCUACCUACAACACAUAUGGAUGACAAAGAGCAGAGUGGUGGAUCAUAUGUCAACGUAAAUAGGGAAACGCUGAAGAAGAACUUAGAUUCAUCCCAUUCACAAGUAAAUGAUGAAACAGUUUCUCGAGUAGAUGAUAGAAGUGGAAGAGUCCAGCCCACUGUUGAUGUAGCUGAAAUCAUCAGGCGUUGGACACAUGCUUUACAGCGUAUUCAUAAGCAGUCACUUCAUUUGGCAAAAGCUAAUGAUGGAGAAGGUCCAGAAAUUUUACGAAACACACAGGAUGGUGGUACAAGUGGCCAUGCUGAGUCUUUAGCUGCCACUCUUGCUGAGCAUCAGCAGCACUUAGCUAGCUUUCAGGUAAUGUGUAAUCAGAUAUUCUUCAUGCUAUUCUCCUUCUUAUGCCAUUUAGAGCCUUUGGUGGCUGGGAACCUCCCCUCCCUUGGGUUUACAAAUGCUGUAAAGACUCUGAGCCUUACCCAUUUAAGGAAUCUGGAAGAGCUCCACUGUCCGAAACUGAAACAGCCUUGAUGGAGAAUUGAAACAGGUGUUUGGGCAACCUUGCUCUUGUGUUCUCGAGCCAGAUAAUUUGGUUGCUGUGAUGGUUUUGUUUUCAUUCCACAGUGGGCAUACUCUCUCCUCCCCAUUAUUUUUGUAUGACACGGUGUUUGUAGGAUAUCUCUUUUCCUUCUUCAUCUUCUGUAUAUUCUGCCCACAUAUUCGGCACAUUUUUUAUCCUAUUGUGGAGGGAACUAUGAGCCAUUGGGCAGCACCUUUUUAGAUGCUUGACAGGUGCCUGGAACUUGAGAUGGUUGUACUGUAUCGGAAUGCUGACCUGGGUGUUGGCCAAAAUCUGCAGCCAACCAAUAGAGUCCGAAUUUGAAAACUUCCCUUGACAGUCGGUUCAUAAAAUGUUACUCAAGAAGAGAAAUGCGGCAUCCCAUGGUUAGAAAUAGAACGUGAAGGUUGGUUUCUAGCCUGACAAGUUUCUGGCAGCAAUACCACAUUCACUUAGCAUCCUGUUUUAAACUGUCAAGAAUGAUUGUUGAUGGACUGUUUAUUAUGUGUUUGAUAGAUGUGUAUCACAUGAAUUUGAUAAUGUAUUUUGCGAUUCAUCAGGAAUGAGAAGUUACUGUCUGUAA